UUUUUUACACUCUGUUCCCUCCCAUUCUGCCUGUGAGCAUUAGUGCUGAAGGGUCAGGUAACAGGGCUGCUCUUCACAGACCCACGCUCCCUCCAAAGAGCUGCACGAGGACAGGAUGAGGGUCUGCUACUCGGCCUGAGGAUGGAGAAGAAGGUGUGUGUGAUCCAGACUGACUUCCACCAGUACCGGCCCACCGUAACCAUCCACUCCAAGCCCCUGGCACACGUUAACCCGCUGCCUCAGUGCGUGCAGUUGGGGAUGAGGGGGAGCGAGGAGCUGACGAACGCUGUCGGGCACACGGACCGUCUGCGUUCCAGGGUCCACGAGCUGGAGGAGAAAAAUGCUGGACUUUGCAAGGAAAAGGAUGACUUUUUCAUUAGAUCUCAAGAAGAGCAGGAGAGCCUGCAGGACACAGAGCAGCGCUGUGCCCAGCUGACCAAGGCCAAGAGGGAGCUGGAGUCCCAGGUGCUGGGUCUGAACGAGCGUCUGGAGGAGGAGGAGGGCUGUGCGGCCCAGCUGGCAGUGCAGAGACACCGGCUGGAGGCUGAGUGCUGUGGCCUGAGGCGUGACCUGGAGGAGCUGGAGAACACACUCAGCGCUGUGGAGAAAGACAAGCAGACUUUAGACUUAAACGCCCGGAAGCUGUCAGAGGAGCUUUCACAGCAAGCAGAGAGUGUGCAGAAGCUGCAGAACGAGAAGGAACACCUGGUGGAGCUGAGCCAGCAAGCUAUUGAAGACCUGCAGUCUGAGGAGGAGAAAGUAAACCUCUUAACCAAAGAGAAGGCCAAGUUACAGGUGCAGGUGGAAGAUCUGGAGUACCUCCUGGACCAGGAGAGAAAACAGAGGAGCGACGUGGAGAAGAGCCGCAGGAAGCUGGAGGGGGACAGCAGGAUGACCAUGGAGAACCUCAGCGAGAUGGGCAAGAUGAAGAGCAGUCUGGAGGAGGUCAUCAAGAGGAAAGAUCUGGAGAUAAAUGCUACCAGCAGUAAGCUGGAGGAGGAGGAGGCCCAGAACGUCAGUCUUCAGAGGAGGAACAAGGAGUUCCAGGUGCGCAUUGAAGAGCUGGAAGAAGACCUGGAGACAGAGAAAGCUAUGAGGGCAAAGGUGGAGAAGCAGCGGGCUGAUUUGACCCGUGAGCUGGACGAGCUGACUGACAGGCUGGAAGAGGCAGGGGGAGCCACUGCUUCCCAGAUGGAGAUGAACAAGAAGCGCGAGGCGGAGCUACAGCGUCUGCGGCGGGAGCUGGAGGAGGCCUCCCUGCAGUCCGAGUCCCUGGGCUCCUCCCUGCGGAAGCGCCAUGGGGAGGCGCUGGCGGAGCUAGGGGAGCAGUGCGAGAGCCUGCAGAGGACCCGUGCCAAGCUGGAGAAGGAGAAGCAGAACCUCCGCCUGGAGGUGGAGGACCUGGCUGCCUCUGUGGACAACCUCCAGAAGGCUAAGGCCUCCAGUGACACCCAGCUGAGGAAGCUAGAAGACUUGCUUUCCGAGGCCAACUUCAGGAAUGAGGACCUGCAGAAGGCGCUGACUGAGAUGAACGUUGCCAAGAACCGGCUGACAGCUGAUAACAAUGACCUUAACCGUCAACUGGAGGACACAGAAAACCGAGCCAGCCAGACGGGCAGGACCAAAAUCCUGCUGGCAUCCCAGAAUGAUGAGCUCAAAAAGCAAAUGGAGGAGGAGAUAAAGACGAAGAUGGGACUGAGCAACAGUCUGAGCACUCUGAGGCAGGACUGUGAGCUGUUAAAGGAGCAGCUGGAGGAAGAGCAGGAGAGCAAGUUAGAGCUGCAGCGUUUGGUGUCCAAGCUAAACAGUGAGGUCACACACUGGAGGACUCGCUAUGAGGCUGAUGCCAUCCAGCACACAGACGAGCUCGAGGAAGCCAAGAAGAAGCUCACAUCCAGGUUGCAGGAAGCUGAGGAAGCUGUAGAAGCCACACAGGCCAAGUGUUCUAACCUGGAGAAGACCAAGCAGAGGCUGCAAGGAGAGGUGGAGGAGCUCUGUCUGGAUCUUGAAAAGGCAAAUGGCUCAGCAGCAGUGCUAGACAAGAAGCAGAAGGUGAUGGAGAAGCAGCUCUCCGACUGGAGGCAGAAGUGUGAGGACCUGGUAUCAGAGGUGGAAGGCUGCCAGAAGGAGAGUCGGCAGCACGCCACCGAGCUUUUCAAGCUGAAAACGGCCUAUGAGGAAGUUCUGGAGCAGGGAGAGGCCCUACGCAGGGAGAACAAAGCCUUCCAGGAAGAGAUAGCUGAUCUUACAGACCAGCUUGCUGACGGUGGGAAGAGCGUGCACGAGUUACAGAAGACGAAGAAGAAAAUGGAGAUGGAGAAGGAGGAGCUUCAGGCAUCGCUUGAGGAGUCUGAAGCUGCCCUGGAGGCGGAGGAGACCAAGGUCCUGCGUCUGCAGCUGGAGUUGUCUCAAGCCAAGGGGGACAUGGAGCGCAAGCUGCAGGAGAAGGAGGAGGAGUCUGAAGCUGCCAGGAAAAACCACCAAAGAAGCAUGGAGGCCCUGCAGGCCAGCCUGGAUGCUGAGGUGAAAGGUCGCACAGAGGGAGUGCGGGUAAAGAAGAAGCUUGAGAGUGACCUCAGCGAGCUGGAACUCCAGCUGGAUCUGCUGACGAAGAACAACGGGGAGCUGAUGAAGUCCAUCAAGAAAAUGCAGCAGCAAAUCAAGGACCUGCAGGCUCAGAUGGAGGAGGACUCGCAUCAGCAGGAGGAGCUGCGUGAGGAGCACGGCUUGUUGGAGCGCCGCUGCACCCUGCUGGUCAGUGAGAGCGAGGAGACCCGAGCAGGCCUGGAGGCCGCAGAGAGGGCCCGCAAGGCCCUGGAGACCGAGCUGCUGGAGAUGACUGAGAAGUACAACGAGAUCAACAGCCAGUUCCAGUCAGCUACCAGUGGGAAGAGGAAGCUUGAGUCAGACCUGCAGCAGCUCACGCAAGAGCAGGAGGAGCUACACGGUCAGGUGCGAGCGGCCAACGACAAGGCAAAGAAAGCCACGUUUGAGGCUGCUCGCGUUGCAGAAGAGCUGCGUCAUGAGCAGGAACACACGCUGCAGCUAGAGAGGGUGAAGAAAGGGAUGGAGGCACAGGUCAAGGACAUGACUGUGCGCUUGGAUGAAGCAGAGCAGCUCGCCAUGAAGGGUGGCAAGAAAAUCAUUCAGAAACUGGAAGGAAAGGUGAAGGAACUGGAGUUGGAUCUGGAUACUGAGCAGAAGAGGCAUGCGGAAACGGUGAAGACCCUUCGGAAGAACGAGCGGCGUCUGAAGGAGCUCCUCUUCCAGUCAGAGGAGGACCAGAAGAACCACCAGAGGAUGCAGGAGCUGGUGGAGAGGCUGCAGAACAAAAUGAAGGCCUACAAGAGACAAGUGGAGGAAGCGGAAGAGCAGGCAAACAUGAAUCUGGCCAAGUACAGGAAGACGGUUCAUGAGUUAGAUGAUGCUGAGGAGCGGGCCGACAUUGCAGAGUCAGCGCUCACCAAGAUCAGGACCAAGAACCGAGGGAGUUUUGGCAAGGGCUAUUCCUCCGGCUACAGCACUCCAUUUCCUGGUGUGGUCAGGUCGCCCAGCUCUGUAGGAUCCGAGGGCAGAGGAGAAAAGAUCAUCAAUGAUGAUGACUCAGUCAGUUCUCUCAUCCCUGCCUAUCUCAACUCACUGAAGAAACUCAUGAUUGAUUAACAUGUCUACAGAGACAUCAAUACGUGUGGGACGACCUCAUAAGUACAAAACAUUCCAAGUGGAUCCAAAAAAAUCAAAGACUCAUACACAUUUGAUUUUUUAUUAUUUUUAUUUAAUUUUUUUCACAUGUUCACAGGAUCCCCUGAUUUUCUUGGUUGGUUAGGUUAAGCAUACUUCUUUCUACUUUUAACUUGUUUGGGUGCCAUGUUGGGUAUAUAUAAUGCAGAAAUAAGAAAUGAACUACAUAUGUGAAGUAAAAAUGAAUUAGAAAUAACCUGACACAGUUCUAUAGUUGUAUGGGGAAAAAAAGCAUGAAAAGAAAAAGAUAAUCUAAAGAGGCUUGUUCAGUUCACUUGAUCAAAUUUCAGCUUUGUGGGUUGUCACAAUAAUGUAAAAAACAAAAGUGAAAAUUAAUUUGAGCUUUGUUUUUGACAUAUAUAUGGUAAUAACUAGUUAUUUUGGCUUCUUGACAACAUAUGUCCAAAACUGUGUCGUCUGGAACAGAUCCAAACCUAAAGUAUAAGACUGAUUCUUGAGCGUAAGUGCUGAAGGUGCCAGACAAAAUAUUAGGGAGUAUUUUGGAAAUGUAUUUUUACUCAAGGUAUAUUAUUUCACUUGAAAAAUUUGAUCUGUUUUUGGAUCAGGUCUUUUGCCUUGUAUAUUGUAACUGCAGAAUAUAACUCCAACACUUUAUAGAAUUGAUAUUUGAUCCCAGCUGUUAUCAUGUUCUUCAUGACCUGAAUACUACCUAUUUAACUUGCAGUGUGAACAUGGUAAAUAUUCCAUAUAUAAAUAAGUUGGCAACAUACAGUAUACAUUGACUCAAAAUCUGACGGUACUGUAUGUACACCUGUAUCAUGACUUUAACUAUUUCAUAAAAUGCAUAGUACUUACAUAUUAAUGCAUUUUAGCAUAUGCGUAUUCUAUUCCUGAGAGAAAAGGGGAACUAAAUUCUAGGGGGACUAAUGAUUUAAUUUGGGUCCCACAUUUGAAUUAUAAAAUGGAAGCAUGGACUGUGUUAGUAGAACAUUGAGUCAUAUUAUAAACAGGGGUUAACUGUUAUGUUGACAUAUUAAUAUUUUCUUAAUGUAAAAAGUAAAAAAAAUAUCUUUACUUGAUAAUUGUAUCUUCAGUAGCUUGAAUGGAUUGCAUGUCAAUCCAGGUUAUGUUUUAUAUUGGAUUGUGACUUUUAAAUAAAAUUAUUUGUACCAUCUUAAAAUCCAUUUUUGAUAUUACCAUAAAACAUUAGUCCUGUUUUUAAUACAAAGGGAAGUACGUAAUGUUCACAUACAACAGAAAUAUAACUAAUACAUUUUAUACAAUAAAAUGUUUUGAAAUUGAAUCAGAGUAAAUUUACAACCAUACCAGAAACUGUACACAGUAGGUUUAACAUCCAAUUUAAUCAAUAUGUUUUAUAGUAAUGCAAAACAUUCACUGAAGAGCAGUUAUAUCUUCAUUUACAAUCUUUUAAAACUUUCAAUUUUCUAGUUACAUACUUCCAACAUAAUCAGAUUUCAAUAUUACACUUUGCACAACAUUUAGGCAUCAAUAUGAAACAGUAAUAACAUAUACAUCAGUAAUACUUAUGGUAAUUCGAUGGGAAAAAAAGCUGCUGAUUUAAUGAUUGAUUAAAUAUAAACUUAGUUGAAAAUGUUAUCCAGUUAAAAAUCUCUGAAAAGGAAUAAAGAACAAAACAGUGUUCCUGUUCAUUUCUGUAUAAAAAUAAGCAUUGUGUAAAAUAGGUUUAAUAUAUUAUCUGUACCUCCCCUACGGCACGUGGUUUUGCAACACAUCUAUACUAUAUAUAUAAUUUCUUGUAAAUUUUCAACCACUGAGCGUAUAUUUUUGUUCUGGAUUGCACAGUAUUGUAAUUUAACGAAUGGUUCAUUAGAAAGGAAAUCCCUGUUCGGUAUUUAAACAGAGCAGCCAUAGUAUCAAAAGAAAAAAGCUGUGAAUCAUGUUUAUGAGAAAUACAUACUGUACAGAUAUACUUUUGCUAUUGCCACAUCGUUAGCUCAACCUACAGCAUAGUCGCGGUCAUUUACAAUCAGCAGAGUGAGAAAAAAAACCAAAAAAAAACCAACUCUAUCCGUUAGUUAGCAGUCUGAGUCAUCACCAGUGCGUCCAUGUUUAAUCUUCCGUAGUAUGCCAAGCAAGGAAGCCUGAGACAAGUACGGUUACCUCAGGCAACUGUGCCGACAUUCUGUUCCAGUCACUGGUUUUCAGAGGGCCUGUACAGAAAAUGCCCUGGUUGUUCAGUACCAUGGCAGACAUUUUAAAAAUCCUGAUUUGUAAUUGGUAAAUGGAAAUGAGAUAUGCUGUAAUUAGUUGAAUGACUACAGCCAUAGCAAUUGUACAUUGGGAGCUUUGCUUUAAAAUGGACCAGGAAGUAUCCUCUUUGGUCUCAUUGGCUACUGUAUAAAAUUACAUUGAGUUGCACAUUAAAAUCAACAUGUUACAGUUGCAAUGAAAUUAUGCAAAAUGU